CUGUCAGAGGAUUGGAAAGAACCAUGGUGUGCAUUCCUUGUAUCGUCAUUCCAAUUCUGCUCUGGGUCUAUAAGAAAUUCCUUGAGCCAUAUGUCUACCCUAUAAUUUCACCUUUCAUUAAGCGCAUAUGGCCUAGGAAAGCUGUGCAGGGAACACUGGCCACCAAACAAGGUCAAGGAGACAGUACUGGAACUAUUCUGGGGACGUCAACCACAAACCUAGGCCCAACAGAUGAUUUUGGAAUGUAUAAGAUUGAAAGCAAUGGGGUCGCAAAUGGAAUCACUGCAAAGGGACCAACGGAAGUUUCUGACAAGAAGACUGAUUAAAGGAACUUGUUCAUUAGGAACUUUUCUUUGCUGUACAAUGUGAACUGGUGAUACUGUUCCCACUUUGAGAUUUGGUGGCCCUUCUACCUGAAAGGAAGCAUGAGUUGUUUAUAGCAGAGGGUUUCCUCUGCCACUGAAAUGGGUGAAUUUAGCAGCUCUCUCUUUAAGAUGUUUGAGAAGUUGUUUUAAACUAUUCUUAUUCCUUACUACAUUUUACUCACUGAAAUUCUCUGCAUCUGUAAUGCAGUUCAGAUGAUAAGGUUAGAUAGCCUAGAUUAAUUUAUUUUUAUCAAUAAAUGAAGCUUUACAUGGUAAAUGUGUCAGUUUCUUAUAGUUGUCUUGUAAUGCAUCUAAAAUCCAUGUAUUUUAUAACAGUUCCUGAAACUCAAACUUCAUUGUAGCUCAUUACUCUGCUCUCAGAGCCUCAUGCAAAAGGUUAGGGUUUCAUCCAAUAUAGUUUGAUGGAGUAAUGUGCAAUCUCUUGCUCUAAGAGCUAUAACUCUCCCAUCCCUGCUAAAGAUGUUCUGGAUUGCACUGAGGACACCAGCGUGUUUCUUGGCAAUGCUAUGAAGAAAACUUAUAAAAAGAGAUCUCCACCUGGUAACCAAUAAGCUAGAAUAGGUGCAAUAUUUACAGGAUUUAUUUAGUUUAUUGGAAGCAGAAAGCAAGCCCUGAGGAAUGGCAGGGAUGUAGCAUGAGAAAAUUACUAUGUUGUGUGCAAGCCGCCAUAGUUAAGAUUGUAGAUGUCAGAAUUGUAAAAUUCAGAAUAAGUCCAGAAAAAUCUGGUUAACCUACUUAUGUAACUUAAUUAAAACAAAAUGGCAUUUUAUUAAAACUUGUUUCUUAUAAAAUGUUUCUAGUUUUUUUUCUUUCUAUUUUAAAAUUUAGUUCUUGGAAUGGAAAAGUCUCAAAGCUUAGGGGAAUAUUAUAUAGACCGGGACCCCAACACAGGGAUGGCAUCUGAACUGCUUGCUUUGUUUGUGGCUGGCUUCCUGACUUCUCAUCCAGUGCCAGGUCUGGCCCCCAAUAGGAAAAGCUGCUUUCUGUCCUGCUCUGCUCCUAACUCUAUUAAUGGAAACUGUGCUAUUUUAGAUGCCUCUCAGCUCUGCAGAGCGUAAAGGUAAUAGUCCCUUUCUGUAUACACCUCCAGUGCAACUGUUCUGUUUGGAAUCGUACGUGAGUCAAGGCAAUUCAGAGGAGGGGCUUCUACUGAAUAGUCCAAAAAUAUGUGACAGGUCUGGAGAAGAACUAUUUUGGGUGGUUCAUGGAGGGCAUAACUAGGAGACACAGCACUGAGUCCCAUUGGGUAGAUAGAAAGAUUAACCUA